AAUCAGGCAAAUAAUUUGUUUUUCAAAGUUUGGAGGAAUAUUGUUAUAAGAAAUGAAAUUAUAAAACAUUUAAAAUUAUUCAUUAAUAAAAACAUUGUAUUUAAAUCAUUAUUGGAAUUUAUUGAAUUCCCAAAUAAGGAUUAUUUAACAAGUGUAACAAUAAAUUUUAGAGAAGAGUUUGAUUAUAGAUCUAUACCACCAUCUGUAACCACAUUAAUAUUCAGUGAAUUUUUCAACCAAGCAAUUAAACCAGGCGAUAUACCAUCAUCCGUUUUAAAUGUAGUAUUUGGUUUCAAUUUCGACCAACCCCUAAAACCAGGGGAUAUUCCAUUAUCGGUUAAGUGUUUAACAUUUGGUAAAUAUUUUAAUCAACCACUUUAUCAAGGAUCAAUCCCAUCAUCUGUAGAGGUACUUACUUUUGCUGAAAGAUUUAAUCAAGAGCUUAACGAAGGAUCAAUACCUCAAUCAGUUAAAACUUUAACAUUUGGGAGUAAUUUCAAUUGGCCUCUAUGUGAUAGAUCUAUACCCCCAUCAGUCCAAAAAUUAGUAUUUGGUUACAAGUUCAAUCAACCACUUAAACAAGGGGAUAUUCCAUCAUCUGUAAAGAUUUUAACAUUUGGUAACAAAUUUAACCAGCCACUAAAAGUAGGAGAUAUUCCAUCUUCUGUUGAAAUAUUAUCAUUCGGGACCUAUUUCGAUAAACCACUCAUGAAAGGUGUUAUACCCUCUUCAGUUAAAAUUUUGACAUUUGGUUAUUAUUUCAACAACCCACUAAAAGUAGGCGAUAUACCAUCAUCAGUAACAACUCUUUCUUUUGGUGCCCAUUUCGAUCGAACACUCAAACAAGGUGACAUACCAAAUUCUGUUCAAACACUAACAUUUGGUUAUUAUUUCAAUCAAAAACUUAAUGAAGGAUCGAUUCCACUUUCAGUAAAGACACUAACAUUUGGUGCCUAUUUCAAUCAACCACUUAAAGAAGGUCAUAUACCACCAUUUGUUGAAAUACUAACAUUGGGUUACAAAUUCAAUAAACCAUUGAGGGCAAAAGACUUACCACUAGGUAUAGAAAUAUUAACAUUUGGUUAUAAAUAUGACUAUCCACUUGAACCAGAUGUGAUACCAGCUUCAGUUAACAAUUUAACCUUGGGUUGGUGCUUCAAUCAGCCACUUAAACCAGGUGAUAUACCACGUGGAGUUAAAACAUUAAAACUUGGUAACUGUUUUAAUCACCCAUUGAAACAAGGCGACUUACCAUCUUCAAUCGAAACAUUAACAUUUGGUGACGAUUAUAAUCAACCACUUAGAGCAGGCUCCAUACCACCUUCAGUUAGAACCUUAUCACUUGGUUAUUUUUUCAAUCAAAUACUCGACGAAAAUUCUAUUCCCUCAGAGGUUCAAGUGCUAAAAUUUGGCCGUUGUUUCAAUCAUCCACUUAAAAAAGGUGACAUACCAACAUUAGUUACAAACUUAACAUUUGGUAAUUGCUUUAAUCAAGAGCUUAGGGAUAGAUCCAUACCAACAUCGGUUACAGCUUUAACAUUUGGUGAGAACUAUAAUCAAAGACUUUAUGAAGAUUCUCUACCUCCAUAUUUAGAGCACCUAACAUUUGGUCUUUAUUUUAACCAGCCAAUAAAACAAGGUCAUAUUCCACCAUCUCUCAGAGUAUUAACAUUU